CCCGUAUAAAUUUUUACUCCAAUCCCCAUCCCGCAUCACGCCCUCAAACAGCAGCAACUCGCUGCAACCGGCGCAACAAACACAACCCACACCCCCCACGCGACCAUGAUUUGCCGAACCUGUCUCCGGCGAGCCGCAGGCCUCGCCUCCCAGCAAAUAACAGCACGGCCGCUCGCGCGGACAGCACCGCCGGCGGCGGCGACGGCAACGGCAACGGCAACGGCGGCACGGGCCUUCAGCACAACCUCGGCCACGCGCAACGCCGCGCCGACACCGAACCCCCCCCAACAAGCGGCGACGUCCGGCCCGGCCGAAUCGUCGACGCCAGACCUGACGCCGCUCACCCCUCCCCCGGCGGCCGAUGCGAAACCGGCACCGAUCUCGUCCUGCCCGGAGGGCACCGUCCUCAACGGGCUGAACUACUUCAAGGGCAAGAGCGAUCCCGUCGCCCUCGCCGACGACGCCUACCCGGCCUGGCUGUGGAAGUGCCUGGAGGUGCAGAAGAAGACGGACGCGACCGACACCGCGGACGCAGGGGAUGAGUUCUCCAAGUCCAAGAAGCAGCGACGUCUGGCGCUGAAGCGGCAGCGGCAGCAGGAGGCGCGGAUCCUGGCGUCGGGCGACCUCGAGGCCCUGGUGCCCAAGAUCCCGCUGCAGAAGCAGACCGUCAACCUGCCGGCGGCCGAGCCGGGCAACGUGGCGCAGGCGAUCGAGGCGGUCGACAAGCGCGAGGAGCUGCGCAAGGCGAUGCGCAAGGAGCGGCGCGCCAAGAUCAAGGAGAGCAACUACCUCAAGGCCAUGUGAGCUUGCUUGCUUGCUUGCUGGCGCCGUAUCCGAGGGGUUGGGCAGCAGAGUAUUAUUCUACAUAUGUUUGCUGUGUGGCUUGCUGCUCGGGAGAGCGACAUGAGACUCCGAGGGCCCGGGCGGGCCGUUGAUGGCGGGCGAUGGCAGUCAGUCUAAUGCUGUGUACAAACAGUGUGUAUUGUAUGUGUAUUCUUCGUGUUGAGACACAUUUAUCAGACCACGGCAAUAGAUCUUUUUGGUUUCCACGGAAAUCAUCGCACCC